AUGAGCGGUUCCGAAAUCACAAACAAAGAAAUACUGGAAGAGAUGUUCAGGUGUAAUAAAGAACUGGAAGCAACGAUAGAGGCAGUUGAAGUCAGGAUUUCUCUUAAAGUAAAGGAAAUGAAACACAAAGUUGAAGAAGUUGAGAGAGAAAAUCAAGAACUGAAGAACAACAUUGAAUACCUCGAAAACGCAGAGAACGAAAAUAACAUAGUAGUUUUCGGUCUGGAAAGAAACGAGAACGAUUUGAUUAGUGCAGUUGAAACCAUUGAUAAUUUCAAAAACUUAUUAGAUAUCAACUUAGAAGAAUCCGAUCUGAACAACGUGUAUUCCUUGGAAAAAACAGCGAACGACCUGACACCUAAACAGAGAGAGGAAGCGAAUAUUUUAAGGAAACAUCUAUAUCUCGCUAGACAGAACGAAGAAAAUUGCUAUAUAAAAAACAACAAGCUGAUUGUCAGAAAUAGAAUCUAUACAGCUGCAGAAUUAAAAGCAACCGAAGAUAUUUUCGAAGUCGCAGAAGCAGAAAGUGACCCUGGUACACCGGUGUUUAUAAGAAAACAAACCCAAAAGGAAGAAAGUGCAAUCAAAGCCGACACUCCCAUCCUGAUACCCUUCAGAAAAUGGGAAUUGCAUAUGUUGCCUUCUCUCAAGACAGGCGCCACCAAUGAAAUAUGGGCCGUCAAGACAUCUUCGUUUCUCGAAAGUCCUAGAUAUUGCAUCGUUUGCUUUCAAACAGAUCAUGAUCUGACUAAAGUUAAUACUGAUCCCACGAUUUUCAAUCACGCAAACAUAACGAAUAUCACAUUGACUCUCAACGGGGAAAGUUAUCCAAAGGAGAAGAUGCAAUUGGCCUUCGAUAAAGGAGCCUUUCCACAGGCGUACUUCAACUAUACGCAAUUUGGAUAUAGCUAUAAAAACACCUCCCAACACACUCCGCUCCUAGGCUACCCCGAGUUUGCCAAUAAACAACCUCUUUUCGUUAUCGAUUGUUCGCGACGAGACGAAAGUGUCAAAAGCUCCACUGUCGAUGAACAGGAAAAGUCUGCCAACACCGACCUAGUAAACAAGGAAACCACCCCCCCCCUCCCCGAACCCCCUCGAAAACCGUACUUUCCAUACCGGAAAAUAUGGAAAUCGAGGAACAACAGAAAGGAACUGAAAGUUAAGCCUCAUCAAGCCCUCCUCCAAAAGCCUCAACCUCAGCCCCCACCCCAAAAAGGCAACGACGGGCCAGUCAAAAAAAACAACAUUUCCCCGAUUGUACUGAAGACACCGGGAGAAUGGACCACGGUUGAAAGGAAGUUGGAGUCCAACGGAAUCAAAAUCAAACAAAUGAGAGGAGGUUUGAGAAUUCAAACUAAGGAUGCCACGGAAUAUAGAACUGCCACCAGGAUUCUGGAAACAGAUAAUCACGAAUAUCACACAUAUUCGCUCCCUGAAGACAAGCUACUGAGCGUAGUUAUGAGGGGAAUCGAUAUGAAUGUGGAGAUUCCCGACAUUGAAAAUGAUUUGAAGAGUAAGGGACUUGAAGUCAAAACAGUCCAUAGGAUGAAAUUCUAUAAGACUAAGCUGGAUUUACCACUGGUGAUCAUUCAAGUCCCCAAAUCCGAAGCCAGAAUUUGGGACGUCAAAGACUGCUGCAGCUAUGUAGUGAGAAUUGAAGCCCAAAGACAGGCGAAAAUCAAAUUCCCCAGUGUCACUGAUGCCAGAAAUUCGGGCACAGUCAACGCAACUGCAGAUGUCUAUACAGAUGCGUCAAGUGCGGAGACCAGCAUCCCACAUCCACCUGUGAGAAGCCCCGCACAACAGACGCUGAGUGCGCCAACUGCAACGGCAAACACCCUGCCAAUUACAGAGGAUGCCCGAAGUGUCCCAAGCCAACAACAAGAACAACCCCCCCAAAACCCAACCAAAAACCUACCCCAAAAACCCUCCCUAGAAGUGGAAAUACCCAACCAGGGAAAUCCUACGCAGCAGAGACUGCCCCCCAACCCCAAAAGGUCAACAGAGCCCCUCAACAAGCCCCAACCUCAACCCUACCCCCGGACUUCAUGGAUCUCAUCCAGAAGGCCAUAG